AUGUUGCUAAAAAUUGCUAAUUAUUCUGCCUCGUCUUCGGCUUCUUCUUCAAGACAUGCAAUUCGAAAGGGAAAAACCCAACACUCCCUUUACUCUCUUAGCAAAACCCCACUUCGAAAUUCUUCCUCGAAUUCCAUUCCCAUAAACAGUAAGGAUUGCAAAGCUCAUGUGACUCCAACCCAGUUCGAAUAUUACGUGAGGGGUGUGUGUAAAUCAGGUAAAAUAAAGCUCAAUGAUGCGAAAAGAUACUUUGAUAGAUUGGUUCAAGGACAACCCGUUCCGGCAAUCGAUACGUUUAAUCAUGUGUUGGGGUCGGUUUCCAGACUGAAAUGCUAUUCAGAUGUGUUUCUUAUGUAUAGGAAGUUGAAAUGUAUUGGGAUUGAGCCUGACUUGUACACUCUGAACAUUUUGAUUAAUUGUUGUUGCAACUUGAAUGUUGUGGAUUAUGGAUUUGGGGUGUUUGGAGAGAUUGCGAAGAGGGGGUUUGAGCCGGAUGUGGUGACAGUCGGUACUUUAGUUAAGGGUUUGUGUAAUGUUGGUAGGGUUCAUUGUGCACUUCAACUGUUUGAUCAACUGUGUGACAAGAAACUUGGAGAGAGGGUGAUCAUAUAUGGGGCUCUUAUUGAUGGAUUUUGUAAAAUGCAUGAGAUUGGUCGAGCUUUGGAGAUGCAUAGAAGGAUGGUGAAGGCAGAGUGCAAGGUGAAUGUGCUAACUUAUGGCAUGAUCAUUGAUGCUCUUUGCAAAGAUGGGUUGAUUAGUGAAGCGAUGGAAAUGUUCUCGGAGAUGAUCGAUUCGGGUAUUCAUCCAGACGUUGUUGUCUACAGUUCAUUGAUUAAUGGAUUUUGUAGUUUAGGACGAUUUAAAGAAGCUGUGAAGUUGUUUAAUGAAAUGGUCGAUUGCGGGAUUUCUGCUGAUGUAGUCACUUAUAACACUUUAAUUUAUGGAUUUUGCCAGCCGGGUUUGUGGAAAGAAGCCACUAUAAUUUUUACGCAAACGGUGGGACAAGGAAUUUCUCCCUGCGUAUUGACAUUCACGAUUCUGAUAGAUUGUCUAUGCAAAGAGGGGAAAGUGGCAGAAGCUUGUGGCAUAUUUAAGUUGAUGAUAAAGCAAGGCAAGGAGCCUAAUUUAUACACUUACAGUUCAGUCAUGAGCGGUUUAUGUUUGGUGGGUCGGCUGGAUGAUGCAAAAAAGCUGUUUAACUUGAUGGUGGACAAGGGUCUUAAGCUCGAUGUUGUUAGCUAUAACGUGAUGAUUAGUGGCUAUUGCAAGAGUUGGAAGACCAAUGAAGCUAUUCAGCUCUUUCAAGAAAUGCAAUGCAAGGGAUUGAAACCCACUGCUGUAACUUACAACACGCUUAUAGGAGCACUGUGCCAUGCGGGCAGAGUUAGAACUGCGCAUAAAUUAUUUAAAGAAAUGCAGAGUUCUGGCCCUUCUCCAGUAUUUGCUACGUAUUCUGCUCUAUUGGGUGGACUCUGCAAAAAUGGACAGAUUGAGGAGGCAAUGGAUCUGUUGCAGUCCCUAGAGAGUACCAAAUCUGAACCUAGUAUUCAAUCUUUUAAUUUAAUAAUUGAUGGGAUGUGUAAGGCUGGUAAAUUCGAAUUGGCGCGGAAAAAGUUCGAGGAAAUCUCAAGCAAUGGCUUGGUUCCUGAUGUUUCUACUUACAACAGUAUGAUGGAUGGCCUAUGCAAGAAAGGAAUGUCAUUGGAGGCUUGUGAGUUGCUUAUCCAAAUGGAGGAGAAAGGUUGCUUACCAGACUCCAUUUCGUUCAAUAUCAUGAUUCAGGGUCUUCUUCGAGAAAAAGAGGUCCAGAGAGCAAUGCAGCUCCUUGAGGUAAUGAGAAAGAGGAAAUUUUUACCCAAUGAAGCAGUCACUUCGAUGUUGAUACACGUUGCCAUGGUUGAUGAACAAUCUCGUGCAAUGCUCCAGUCACUUCCCACGUUCUUGGAAACUUAAAAAGAGCUUCCUCUUAAGGACGACUCUGGUCAAUCUAUGCCUUCCAUUCUUCUUUUACUCCUUCGACAUGUACAGUUACUGAUGCUAGCUUUAAGUCCUUGGAAAAUGAUAGCUGAACCAAUAAAAGUGAUCGAUUGAAUUUUUA